GAAUCUAAUCAAAUUAAAUUAACUAUUUUUAAUUGGUUUGAUUUUCCCUCUCCCAAAAACUGAACCCAACCGUAUUAACUGUGCUUUCAUGGAUUAUGAUUAUGAAUGUAUUGACAAAUUACACCAAUAAUUCAUUGAAUCACUUGUGCAAUACAAUUCAUUCACACCAUAAUUUUUCCUAUAACGGUUUGUCCACAAUCUGUUCGUCAAAAUGUCACUGCGAAUGUUAUGUUUCGUAGCAACGACCUCUUAUGGUGUGACAAUAGUGGUUUGUCCACAACCUGCUCGUCAAAAUAGCUAUUGCAGCUGAAGUUUGUGAAGAGCUUUUUACUCCAUGUCCUCCUCAUGCUGAGCUUGCAUUAAAUGGGGUUGAAGUGUUUAUGAAUGCAAGUGGAAGUCACCACCAACUUAGAAAGCUUGAUGUCCGUCUUCGUGCUUUUAUAGGUGCCACUCAUACUCGUGGUGGGGUCUAUAUGUACAGUAAUCACCAAGGUUGUAAUGGUGGUCGCCUUUACUAUGAUGGAUGUGCCAGUGUUGUGGUAAAUGGUGACGUUGUUGCUCAGGGUUCCCAGUUUUCUUUAAAUGAUGUUGAGGUUGUGGUUGCUCACAUGGAUCUUGACGCGGUUACAAGCCUUAGAGGAUCUUUAAGCAGCUUCCAAGAGCAAGCAAGUUGUAAAGUCAAGGUUCCUUCAGUAGAUGUACCAUACAAUCUAUGUCUUCCUUUUAACCUUAGAAUACGCCUUUCUGUGCCACUUCAGAUAAAAUAUCAUUCUGCUGAGGAGGAAAUUGCAUUUGGACCUGCUUGCUGGUUAUGGGACUAUUUAAGAAGAAGUGGAGCAUCUGGUUUUCUGCUCCCUCUUUCCGGUGGAGCAGAUAGUUCUUCUGUUUCUGCGAUUGUUGGGUGUAUGUGUCAGCUUGUUGUGAAAGAAAUUGCAAAUGGGGAUGAACAAGUUAAAGCUGAUGCAAUACGAAUCGGAAACUAUAAGGAUGGACAGUAUCCUACAGAUAGUAGAGAACUUGUUAAACGGAUAUUUUAUAGUGUGUUCAUGGGAUCUGAAAACAACUCAAAAAUGACAAAGUCACGAGCCAAAGUGUUGGCAGAUGAAAUUGGUUCAUGGCACCUUGAAGUUAGUAUUGAUGGACUUGUAUCUUCUCUUUUGUCAUUGUUUCAAACACUUACAGGAAAGCGACCACGCUACAAGGUAGAUGGUGGAUCUAAUAUUGAGAAUUUAAGCUUGCAAAACAUUCAAGCUCGAAUCAGAAUGGUGCUAGCCUUCAUGUUAGCGUCACUCUUGCCUUGGGUCCACAACAAACCUGGGUUUUAUCUUGUCUUGGGGAGCACUAAUGCAGAUGAGGGGUUGCGUGGUAACUUAACAAAGUAUGAUUGCAGCUCAGCAGAUAUAAACCCUAUUGGAAGCUUAAGUAAGCAGGACCUUCGGGCAUUCUUGCGAUGGGCAGCCAUUCAUCUUGGUUACUCAUCUUUAGCAUAUAUUGAAGCAGCUCCACCCACAGCUGAACUCGAGCCUAUACGUUCUAACUACACUCAGUGUGAUGAAGUUGAUAUAGGAAUGUCUUACGAGGAACUAUCCGUUUAUGGAAGAUUACGAAAAACGUUUCGUUGUGGUCCAGUUUCCAUGUUCCAGAACCUAUGUUACAGAUGGGGUGCAAGAUUGAGUCCAUCACAAGUGGCUGAAAAAGUGAAACACUUCUUCAAGUAUUAUUCUAUCAAUCGACACAAAAUGACCACCAUGACACCUUUCUAUCAUGCUGAGAGUUAUUCACCAGAGGAUAAUAGGUUUGAUCUACGCCAAUUUCUCUACAAUACAAGAUGGCCAUAUCAAUUUCAAAAAAUAGAUGAACUCGUGCACGAGUUGGAUGUCAAAGAUGUUCAAAAAUUAGGAAACCAUGAUACUGUGGCAGCUCUAUCCAAUGGUGUUGGUGCAACAGGUUCAGGCAAUCCAAAUGUUUAAAUUGAACCUCCCUAUUGGUGCUGGUGGGAUGGGAGUUGCAUGUGCAAGAUUGCAAAUAUGGUCCAGACGGGAUAUAUUGAUUCUCCAUAAUUUUUCCAGUACUCUUGUUAGCUAAUGCGUUUUCAGUUCUGUUUAUUUUCCAAUAUUCAUCAUGGGAGCAUGAUUUCAGUGGGCAGUUAUCAUUCUACUGUUGCAUUUGUUUGUUGGAAUUGAAUGAGUAAAUACAACUCUUCUUCCACUU